CCCACCCGGCCGCGCCCGGACAAUACAGCGGCGGGCGCGCGGGGCGAUGCCCGCGCCGGUGCCGCCCCCGCGCCGUGCAGCCCGGGCCUCCAGGCCUUAGCCAUCGCCUCCCCCCACCGCGCACACACCCCGCGCCCGCGUCCGAGUCCCUGCGCCCCACGCCGCCGUCGCCGGACCUCGGCGGAGAUGGAGGUGCUGGCGGCAGACACUGCAUCCCAGCAGGAGCGGCUCCAGGCCAUCGCAGAGAAGCGGAGGAGACAGGCGGAGAUUGAGAGCCGGCGGCGGCAGCUGGAGGAUGACAGGCGGCAGCUGCAGCACCUGAAGUCCAAGGCACUGCGGGAACGCUGGCUGCUGGAAGGGACACCGUCCUCAGCCUCGGAAGGCGAUGAGGAUAUGAAGAGGCAGAUGCAGGAGGAUGAGCAGAAGGCCCGGCUCCUGGAGGAGUCCAUCUCCAGGUUGGAGAAGGAGAUAGACAUGCUGGAAAAUGGGGUGUCAGCCCCUGCUGCUCCCCAAGAGAAUGCCACAGCCCCCAGCCCAGCCCGGACUCCCACCUCAGCCCCAAGCCCAGCCCGAGACAAUAAAACAGAAGUGGUGAUGAACUCACAGCAGACUCCAGUGGGCACGCCCAAAGGACAGCAAGCUUCCAACACCCCUGUAAGGAUGGCCAGUGGUUCCCCCAUGAUGAAGGCAGCCAUGUACUCGGUGGAGAUCACAGUGGAGAAGGACAAGGUGACAGGGGAGACGAAGGUGCUAUCCAGCACCACGCUGCUCCCCCGGGAGCCCCUCCCACAGGGCAUCAAGGUCUACGAGGACGAGACCAAAGUGGUCCAUGCGGUGGACGGUACAGCUGAGAACGGCAUUCACCCCUUGAGCUCCUCUGAGGUGGAUGAGCUCAUUCAUAAAGCCGAUGAGGUGACGCUGAGCGAGGCUGGAUCCUCAGCAGGACCGGCAGAGCCCCGGAGGUCCUCAGAGGAAGCUGUCCGGACCACACCUUCCCGACGAGAGAUUACUGGGGUGCAAACCCAGCCUGGAGAAGCCACGUCAGGGCCCCCAGGCAUUCAGCCCGGCCAGGAGCCGCCAGUCACCAUGAUCUUCAUGGGUUACCAAAACGUGGAGGACGAGGCGGAGAGCAAGAAGGUGCUGGGGCUGCAGGACACCAUCAAGGCAGAGCUGGUGGUGAUCGGGGAUGCCGCCGAGCCCAAGGAGCCCGCCCCACCCAAUGGCAGCGCAGCCGAGCCCCCCGCCACCACCACCGAGGGCUCCCCAGAGGAGAACCAGGCGGGGCCCAAGGCCAGCACCACCGACCCCCAGGAACUUGACAUGAAGAAACAGCGCUGUAAAUGUUGCUCCAUCAUGUGACCUGGCCUGGCCUCUUCCCUGAACCCCCUUUCCUUCCCCACCCCUGCCCUGUGCUCCACAGACACCCCACCAGCCCGGUCCUUCCUGGAGUCUGCCCACCUUCCACUCACUACUUCACAGCCCCCCGCCCCCCCCACCAACACCUGGGACACGCAUGAGUUCUCCGUGUCCCAUGCGUUUUUCUUCUGCUGGAAAAGAGAGGGGACAGGGGCCCUGCUGAUCACACCCGACAUGCACCCCGAAUCACCGAGCCAUGCACCCCCCAGGUGAGGGAGAGAUGGGCUGACAUGACCUUCCAGGCAUAAGGGACCCCCCCCCAGGCCCCACACCCCAAAAUAUUGUGGCAGCUCCACAGAUACGGCUCACGCCCCCCGUGGUCCUGGCUGGUGUGAACUCCAUGCCGCCCCGGGCCGGGCUCGCCUGUGCCUUUCUGUCACUUCCAGAAGAUUCUCCAAGGGGACUGGGAGCUGAGGGGCUUCUGAGGCUUCCCAGGCCUGGAAGUGGGGCUUCCUAGCUGAGGCACUGCCCCCCCCCCCAAGUCACAGGCAAUUGGGCCAGUCACAGGCAGUUGGGGUAGGGCCACACUUCUUUGGGAGUGGAGACCCCUCAUCUGCUGUGCCCCUCCCCAGUGUAGCCAGUGGAUAACAGAGCUGGGGGGGGCUGGGGACACCCCGCACUGGGGAAGGGCCUGUCACCCCUAGGCUGGCUUCUAGACAGGGCAGGUUGAGGGUCUUCAAACAGCCCCCCCCAUACACAAGGCAGGGGGCUUCCUUUCCUAAGCAUUCCCUUUCUCCCCAUUGGGCCCUCCUCCCUCCUGGUGCUAAUUUGGGGACCCCUUGGGAGUGACCUUUGGCCUCUUCAGCCUGCUUGGAUUGGGGUUUUGGGGUCCCCCCUACCAUACCCUGGAGAUCAUACCCUGCUUACCAACUCUGCAGAGAGGAUCUGCACAAGGAGGCCCAGCCUGGGGCGGGGAGGUUGGCCACGGGUUGGAGCAGGAGAUCCUUCCCCCCCUCCAUUUUCUACCCAGUCCCUUAACCCCUGGCCCCAUCACUGGAAGUGGCAAAGCUCCCCCAUACACACACACUGGGGUCCAGCCACACUCAUCCCGAGAGGCACAUUCGUGCCCACGCACGCAGACGCCCUCUCCUCGCAAGCUGGCUUUGGGCCACCAGGCUCCAUCUCGACCCGUCUCCCGGGGCCUCCAGCCUGGCGCCUAGUGCUCAGACCAUUUCUUGGUCCCAUCAGCACCCAGAGCCACAAGGAGGGUACAAGAGCCACCCCAGAUGGGAGCUUGGCUCCAGUCUCUGUCGUGCCCACUUUGGAGGGCCAGGGGGGUCCUGCCCUGGGAUCCCCCCAGCCACCCAGCCCCGAGGCUGCCCUGGAGCUGGGAGCCUUUGCUGAAGUGCCCCGGCUUAGUCCUGCUUUCGACGUGUGACCAGGCCCCUUGAUUUUUCCCAGAGAAGCAAAUAAACAGCGUGGAAAGCCCCA